UGUUCAGUGCAGCAUGAGCUAAAGCCAGCCAGCUCCAAGAAUCAACAGCUAAAGUAACACAAGACACGAGCCUGGCUUAAGCUUCAUCAUUUCUUAUUAUUUUAUUAGACAAAGUAGUCUUGAAAAAAAAAAGACAACUGCAUCAGCAAGGAGAGGUAGUCAUUGAUUCCUUUGUUACAAGACGAGCAGUGUUUAACGGAAGAAGCUCGGAUUCCUUCUUGAUCUCUACCCUCUUGGCAAGUGUCGGCCGCCUAGCUAUGGUCAAUAUGGAGAUUUGUGGCAUGGAUUGCAGCACAUUGAAAGCACUCCUGGCAGACGGGGCACACACAUGCCUGAUCCUGGACUGUAGAUCGUUCUUCUCCUUCAGCUCUGCCCACAUCCUGGGCUCCAGCAAUGUCAGGUUCAGCACCAUUGUGAAGAGGAGGGCGAAGGGCAGCAUGGGCUUGGAGCACAUCAUCCCCAAUGAAGAGCACAGGGGUCGGCUGAUCGCUGGAUUGUAUGAGGCUGUGGUGCUGGUGGAUGACAGGACCUACGAGCUGGAGACCCUGAGGAAAGAUAGCACCAUGAUGCUGGCAGUCAGUGCCCUGUGCAGAGACCCCCGAGGCAGCAGGAUCUUCUUCCUCAAAGGUGGAUAUGAAGCAUUUUCCUCUGAAUAUCCAGAAUUCUGCAACAAGUGUUCACCCCCCAUAGGACUAAGCUUGCCACUCAGUGCCAACAGUGUACCAGGCAGUGCUGACUCCAACUGCACCCCCUGCAGCACCCCAUUGUAUGAUCAGGGAGGACCCGUGGAAAUCCUGCCUUUUCUCUACCUGGGAAGUGCGUACCAUGCAUCCAGAAAAGAUAUGCUGGAUACCCUUGGCAUUACCGCCCUGAUCAACGUGUCUGCCAACUGCCCUAAUCACUUUGAGGAACACUACCAGUACAAAAGUAUCCCGGUGGAGGACAGCCACAAAGCAGACAUCAGCUCCUGGUUCAAUGAAGCUAUUGACUUCAUAGACUCUGUGAAGAAUAAUGGUGGCAGAGUGUUUGUGCACUGUCAAGCUGGUAUUUCACGUUCUGCUACUAUCUGCCUUGCCUAUCUGAUGAGGACUAACCGUGUGAAGCUGGAUGAAGCUUUUGAGUUUGUCAAGCAGCGACGGAGCAUCAUUUCCCCUAAUUUCAGCUUCAUGGGACAGCUCCUUCAGUUUGAAUCUCAAGUACUAGCACCUUCCUGUUCGGCAGAGGCUGGCAGUCCCUCAAUAUCAGUUUUGGACAGAGGAACAUCCACUACUACAGUCUUUAACUUCCCAGUUUCCAUCCCCGUUCACCCUGCGGCAAGCUCUCUGAGUUACCUUAAGAGUCCUAUCACUACAUCACCAAGCUGCUGAGGUGGGACAAGCUGAAGCACAUGGACAGUAUGUGUUAUACAAAGUGCAAUAAUUUUUAAGAACUUUUAAUGAUGAACUUUUAUUGUUGUCGCUUUUAAGCCAUCAACAUCAACCAGACGUGACGUGUUUGAAACCACAUGAGCUGGUGAAACCACAAGCAGCUUAAAACUGACAUGACUUGUCGAGAUUUUGAGUGUAUGUCCUAAUGGCUAAGGAUAUAAAAAAAGACAGGUCACCGUUGCCUUUUUACGUGUUUGUUUAUAACCUCCGUUUAAUGGAGGUUCGACAGUAUUUCCAUUCCUGAACUUUUUGUACUGGUGAAAGUGAAAGAGAGACUGCUGCC